AUGCCUUCUCUCCUCAGCCGAGCGAUCAGUGUCCACGUACAGCGACCAGAUAUUGCAGUCACACACUGGGGGCAGAUAUGGUUUUGGAUACUCACAGCUACCUUUGCCGUCGCUGGGAUUCUGUUUCUGGCAGCGGCUCUCCUCACCCAAAGGAAAAGCCUGCCAAUUUUCUACUAUCUGUCAGCAUUGGCGUGCUAUGUCAUCUCCAUGGGCUACUUUGCCAUGGCUGCGGAUCUUGGCUGGGUCGCUGUGGAAGUAGAAUUUGUGCGUGAGGGCUGGCACGCCAAUCUAGGCAGCAAUCCCACCCGCCAGGUAUUCUGGGCUCGCUACGUAUCGUGGCUUGUUGCUACACCAUUAUUGAUGACCGAGCUUUUGCUGCUGGUGUCUGCUUCCAUCGAGGUGAUUCUGCUGGAUGUAUUCCUUAUCCUGAUUGUGAUGGGGACUGGCUUUUUUGGGGCUAUCAUUCCCAGCACAUACAAGUGGGCCUACUAUUUCUACGGGGCCAUUGCAUGCGCUGGGAUAGCCUCCUUACUGGCUCACGGGCACCGGCUAGCGUCGCGGCAUGGGAACUCAAUGAAGCGGAUGUACUUCCUUUGCAGCUUAGACAUAUCGAUUCUAUGGUGCGGCUAUGGUAUUGCCUGGGGGUUGAGUGAGGGGGGCAACGUUAUCUCUCCCGAUGGAGAGGCUCUCUUCUAUGGAAUGUUGGAUUUAAUUGGAGGCCCCGUGUAUGGUAUUCUCGUGGCACUGACCGCUUCUCAGUGUUUACGCGAGGCUGAUGAUAGUCUACAAUGUUGA